ACACAGAUUGGACCAGAGGAAGUUCUGAAUGGUUCUGGUCCAGAUGAACCCGUCCAGAACCCUGAUUAAGACGUCCUGUUGGUCUGUAACUAACACCUCAUCAUUUAGCAACGAUUAAAUCGAUUAAGCUAAUCAAAAAUUGGCUCAUUCUGCAGAUUUUUAUUUGAUAAAUAAUUAAAUUCCCUUUAUUGCUUUAAAUGCAGUAACAUGAUUCCAUUUGAUCUGUGGAUGAAUUAUUGAUUAACUGAUUAAUAAGUGGAAUCAAAGGUGAUUAAUAGAUUUUUUCCAGAAUAUGAAACUAAAAAUGUUUUUAAAUUAAAUGUUUCUUGUUCAGUUUUGGGUUUUUUGUUCUUUCAUCUUCAGAGUCUCUAUCGAUCACUGAUCGAUCACUGAUCGAUCGAUGAUCGAUUUUAAUAUCUGACUCUGCUCUGCUGCGGCGCCCCCUGCUGUGCGUCUGAUCCACUGAACCGGUCCGAUGGGUUUAUUCAGUGUCUCCACAGUUGAACCGGUUGGACUGGACCAGAACCGGGCCGUUCUGAUCCAGACACGCCUUUGUUUAGCUUGUGGGCGGUCCGGUUCUGUUCUGGUUCUGAAGAAAGAUUCUCCAUCUGACUACAGCUGGUACCACUGAGCUGGAGUCCAGAACCAGUUCAGAACCUCCAGGUCGGUUCUGUUUCACCUUCUGACCCAACGAGACUUCAUUUAAUAAUAAUAAUGAUAAUAACGGGCUGCACAGUGGUGCAGUGGGUCGCACUGUUGCUUUGAAGGUUUUGGGUUCGAUUCCUGGCCCGGGUCUUUCUCCAUGUUCUCCCUGUUCAUGGUGGUUCUGUCCGGUUCUCCGGGUUCCUCCCAGUCCAGAAACAUGACUGUCAGGUCAGUUGGUCUCUAAAUUCUCCCAAGGUGCGUGUGUGUGUGUGUGUGUGUGUGUGUGUCUGGUUUGUCCUGUCUGUCUCUGUGUGCGAUGGACUGGCGACCCGUCCAGGUGACCGGACCGAACCGAGUCCAGGCGACCCGUCCAGGUGACCGGACCGAGUCCAGGUGUUUCCUCUUUGUUCUUUGUUUCUGGUUCUGUUCGUUUUGGAUUCGAUUGAACAUUUAUUUCACUUUCUUUAAUAUUUAAGUUUAAAUUGAGUAAAAACUUCUGGAUAAACGAUGUUUUGGUUAUUAGACUCUCCAACAGUUUCAUCCAUCAGGCUGUGAGGAUGCUGAAUUCCCUCCCCUCAGCAUCAAAGCGGCCAAGAAGAUGAAGAAGAAGAAGAAACCCAGAACCUUGCACAACUGCCCUCCCUCCUAACAUAGAGGGCAAAUUCAGCAUUUAAACUCUGCACUUCUGCCACUUUUUUUUAUCUGUAUAUCUCCAUAUACUUAUAUAUAAACAUAUACAUUCUCAGUUGUAAAACUUUUUACGCUAUAUGUCUAGUUAUUGUACAUCUAUUUAUUAAUUGUUUAGGAUAAUUUUAGUUAGACUGUGUCUUUUAUUGUUACUCAGUGUUAGUAACGCCCUGUCUUGUAUCACUGUGGGAUAGUGAGAAACGUCAUUUCGAUUCCCUUGUAUGUCUGGACAUGUAAGAGGAAUUGACAAUAAAGCUGAUUGAUUGAUUGAUUGAUUGAUUGAUAAAACAUAAAAACUGAUACAAAUUAAUUAAUAAUCAUAGCCUGGUUCUGUUUCCGGUCCAGAACCGACCCAGACUCCGGUCUGUAACGUCCGUUUGAUUGAAAAACACCAGAACAUGAAUGGUACCGGCCCGGUUCUGUCAGAACUCGGAAGAGCGUCCUGCAGGAUGGAGACACCUGGAGCUCACCUGGAAGGCGGGCCGUCUCCGACCCGCUGCAGAUGUUCCUGGGAAUGAGGAUCAGAGUAAGCAGAAUCCAACAGAACCGGAACCGGGUCGGGCCACAAGGUCUGCUAGAGGACGAUCUGAUGGAGGACUGGCGCCUGAAGCUCUGAGGACCGAGGAAGACUCAGAUGGUUCUGAGGAGGAUCUGUGUUCUGCUUCGGUCCAGGAGUAUCUGGACCGCUGUUUCCCUCUAGCUCCACCAGAACCAGAACCAGAGCAGCAGCCUCUGUCCACCAGAACCCAGUUCCUCAGCACCUGGACUCUCAGCCAGGCCCUGAUCCUGAAAGGAAGACACGCCGUCCAAUCAGCACUCAGCCCAGACGAAGCCCCGCCCAUUCCCCCGUCCGGCUCCUCCAGCACCCCGGAGCUGUUCAGCCCGGCCGCCUCGUCUCCUGGAGACUCCAUGGAGCUGUUCAGCCACACCUGUCCGGCCUCCAGGGCGGAGCAAGGUGGGGUCGUCGUGGAGGUCGCCGCAGACGGCGUCCUCUGCUCUCAGGAGUCCGACCCCCAGGCGUCCCCCGCAUCGCCCCCCUGCAGCAAGAAACCACGACCCUCAGAGGAGUCGACGUCUGCAGCAACAGAGAGCUCCACCUCCACCACCCGUCUGGACAGGUGUGACCAGGUGGGACGCAGGUACUCUGUCCUGGUGGUGGUGGUCCACCCCUGCCAUCUGAAGGAGGUCCAGGUGCGGUCGGGUCCGUCAGCAGGAAGCCGCAUUCCUCUGGCCUCCAUGGUGGUGACGGACCAAUCAGGAGCCGAGAUGAAGGUGGUGCUGUGGAGGAGAGCGGCCUUCUGGGUUCUGACCGUGAGUCCUGGAGAGGUUCUGCUCAUCACAGGGCUGCAGGUGAGCGAGGACAGGUGGAGAGCAGAGACUGUCCUCCAGUCUACCUUCUCCAGCAAACUGCUGAACCUGGGACACGCCUCCACCUCAAAGCCAGUUAGCCAGCAGGUUAGCGCCCGCGCUCUCCGCUCUCUGUGUGGUUUCGUCAGAGUGCGGCGCCCCCUGCUGGUGUCCGUCCCCAGCCGGCCCCAGCAGGAUCUGAGCCGGCUCCCUUACGCCACCCUGAGGUCGCUGCGGGUCAACACGCUGGUUCACGCUCUGCUUCGUGUCACGCACUCUCACAUCAGCUCAGAGUGGAGAGACGAGGCCGAGUCUCGGAACCGCUCUGCGGUCCAGAUGAAGGCGGUUCUGAUGGUGCAGCAGCCGGGCGGACAGCAGGGGGCGCUGCUGCUGUGGGGGGCUGCGAUGGACUGGCUGCCUCGCUUCAGUAAACACAAAGAUGCUGUGUGGGACUUCAGAGUGCUCCUGGUGAGGGAGGGUUUGACCUCUGACCUCUCAGAGCUGCACUCCACCCCCUGGAGCUCGGUCCGGGUUCUGGACCCGACAGACCGCCGGGCGCUGGACUUCCUGCGGGCGUGGCGCCGUCCAGGGCCAAGUGACGCGGCUCUGGAGCUGGAUGUGGACACGCUGUUGUCUCAGCAGUACAGCGGUGAGGUGGAGCUCAGAGUCCAGGUGCUCAGCUUCCAGUUCCAGGAGGCUCCGCCCUCCCAGAACCCAGCCCAGCCGGUUCUGGACAGCUCCACGCCGCGGGCCGGCCUCCUGGCGGCGCUGAGCGGUGACAUCACCUACACCGGCUGCGGCCGCUGCACCACCGAACUGGACACGGACCGCAACGGGAUCUACACGCCGUGCUACGCCUGCCUGCCGCUCACCGCCCUGCGCCGCUUCUACAGGCCAGGUGUGUUGACGGUGAGUGGGCGGGGCUCUGCCCACCUGACGGUCCGGGUUCCUCCUGUUCCUCUGCAGAAAAUCCUCCAAGCUCCUCCGGACCGACUCCAGCGCAGCGCAGCUCCAGGUUCUCAGAUGCGACACGUCCAGGUGGCGGCGGAGAAGCUGCAGGCGCUGCUGGCUCUUCCCAGGAAGUGGGUGGUCAUCACGGUGCGGAGCCACUUCCUGUGCGACCAGAACAGCGUUCCCCUCAGUCAGGACUUCACUCUGAUGGACCUUCAGGUUCCGACCCGGUGAAGAACCCACCUGGUGGGCGGAGCUUACAGUCUCCUCCAGAGACAACCUCAGAGUGUUGGACACCUGAAGACAUGCAGGACGUCUG